GGCUGCGCUGGCCGGCGGCGGCAGUUUCGGCCAGUUUCGGUGCAUCGCGUUGGCAGCACUGCUCGCAUUGUCGCUGGCUCUGUUUUUGUUUACGUGCGGCACCGGCCUCGAGCGGAACCUCCACUUGGGCGCAACGCCCGCCGCUCCGCUCGCCGUCAUGAUGGACGCCAGCCAGGACAGCAUCUUCGCCGCCGAGCUGCGGCCCUUCCCGGACCCCGUCGACGGCAAGAUCUCCACCGUGCCGUUCCUGGAGGCGGCCGCCGGGGUCGUCAAGCUGGUCGAACUGCUGGGGCAGGUCUUCGCUCCGGUGCGCUACGACAUCAAUGGGAACAUUCAGAAACUUACCGCCAAGUACAAUGAGGAUGAGAAGAGGUUCGAGUUCCUCAACGACAUGCUCCUGUUCGAGAAGGCGCAGGGCUGCAAGGCGACGGCCAUCGACGCCCUGCUGUGGCUCCGGAGAGCCCUGCACUUCGUCCACAAUUUUUUGCGAUCUGUGGCGACCGAGUGCAGAGACAACAACUGGGGUGAAGACCUCAGCACCAACGUGCAGACGUCGUACAGAGAGACCCUCGAGAUGCACCACGGAUGGAUCGCGCAAAAACUUUUCGGGGUCUUAUCGAAAAUGAUACCAAAACGAAGCCAGCUCAUCAAAGCUUUUGCUCUAAGCAAGGAAGAGGAAGUCACAGAAGAGAAAAAACAAGUUAUUAUAGAGGAAUUGGAAAGGUUUCUUGUUGUUUUGAAUACGAACCUGACCGUUCUAAGCAAAUUUUAUGAUGAUUUUAAAUUGAUGCCAGGCAACGCGAAAUGUGCGUAAAAUUGCCGAGAGGACGCGUCCAUGACUGAUCAGUAUUAUUGCCGCGUUUUAUGUGAUUUGACUCGGGUUUUUAUUGUCAUGUUAUUAUUGUGAUCGAACGCCCCUGUGAUUAAGGUAUGGUUGUGGUGACUGAUCUAGUGUCGUCUGUCAAACUUUCCCAUUAAAGUGUGUGUGUGUUGAACGCAAAAA